AUGCUCAACAUACCGCGAUAUUACGAUCAAGGAAUUAUUAUUCUGGGAUGUGUACAUUUGGAGGGUACAAAACUGAGAGAGAUGCAUAGUGCGAGACGGCCCUCGGACUGGGCGGAGUUCAAUUCUCGGAAUUCGCUAUCGGUUGCAGCUGAACCUGCGAUGCAACAACGCAAAUUGAUAACAAUAUUUAUUGCAUCAUCAUGA